ACCCGUAUCCUACUCCAUUUUUCUCCUCUAGCCUAAUACGAAUCCAUUACGCUACUCUCAAUCUCUCUCAUCCAUGGAAGCAGCAACCAUGGCUUCACACAUCUUUCCGACGACCCGAGCCAUGCUUCCGUCACGUGCGAGCUCCCGUGCGUCACUUUCCGGCGCAGCAUUGACGUCAUCUCCUUCUCCCAGGCUCUCUCUCUCCACCAGCUUCCUCUCUCCCUCCGCCGCCGGCAGUGCACUCUCCGAAUUUUCGGGCUAUAAAAUUCGACCUAAUUCCCUCAACCCUUCUUCUCCCAGCUCCCGCCCUAAACGCGGCGUUUUCACUAUGGUCAUUCCUUUCUCGAAGGGAAGUGCUUGGGAGCAACCUCCUCCGGAUUUAGCAUCUUACUUGUAUAAGAAUCGGAUAGUUUAUUUGGGCAUGCCUCUGGUUCCUUCCGUGACUGAACUGAUACUAGCAGAGUUUAUAUACCUUCAGUAUGAAGAUGCGAGUAAACCAAUUUACUUUUACAUUAAUUCCACUGGUACAACUAAGGGUGGUGAAAAGUUGGGAUAUGAAACAGAGGCUUUUGCUGUUUAUGAUGCCAUGAGGCAUGUCCAGCCACCUAUUUUCACACUUUGUGUAGGCAACGCUUGGGGGGAAGCUGCAUUGCUUCUGGCAGCUGGUGCAACAGGAAAUCGUGCUGCCUUGGCUUCAUCGACAAUCAUGAUCAAACAGCCUAUCGGUCGGUUUCAGGGCCAAGCAACAGAUGUCAAUAUAAUGAGGCAAGAAAUGAAGCACGUGAAAGAUGAGUUGGUGAAACUCUACGCAAAACAUAUGGGAAAAACACAAGAACAGAUUGAAGAGGACAUAAGACGCCCAAAAUAUUUCAGCCCAAGUGAAGCAGUCGAAUAUGGAAUCAUUGAUAAGGUUCUUUACAACGAGAGGGGCAACGAAGAUAAAAGCAUUAUGUCUGACGUGAAGAAGGCCCGGUUUGUCUAAAUUAAAACAUCCCACAAGGUAUUUGAUGGGCAAUCAAGUUUUUUCCAGGCAGAAUUCGACGUUUGGCAAUCCACCAUCUACCGGCAAUUCAUCGAAGAAAGGCUAUUCAAUAGAACUUGUAUUGUUCUGUAGUAUUGUCAUUACAAGUUUCAUUACAUGUUCUUAGAGUUUAAUAUUACUGAUGAGAGUACAUGAUGAUGCUGUAAAAAUGCUUUUUUUUUUUUUAGUGAAAUGUAGAACAAAAUGUGUUCCCUUUUUUCUAUGA